AUGCCUGCGAACUGGAAUCCACGCAUCUUGCUUGAUCUAGAUAGUGUCCUUGGCUCACUAUUACACUUUGAUAUCAAUAAUUUUGCCGAGGGCUUGCAACUUAAAAUGAGUAUGGAUGACCCUCACGAAGCAAACGCCUGUCAUAAUUUACGUAACGCACAACACCCGCGCGGCGCAGAAGAAUCAUAUGCUUGUUGCAAAUUAAACGCGAAAAAUACAUUUUGCAAUUUGGCUCAAAGAGGGGAUGUGGCAACAGUUUUAAUGCUAUUGCUGUCUAUGUACGUGCUACGUAGCGCUAAACGAUGCUACGGCUACCGAAGUCCAAUUUUAGGACUGCUGUCUCGAGUUGAUGUUUCUCUGAUUGAGAUUGUACCGGCAAGUGGAGCUGCAACAUAG